UUGUUAAGUUCUAUAAAGUCGUGUGUAUGCGUCAAAACGAGAAAGACGAGAACAACGAAAGAGAAAGACGGGAAAUCGUUCUUGCUACGACUCUACGAUCGUUGUUUUUUCCGUGUGUCGCCGUGUUCGCGACAUUUAUCUACGUUUGCAUUGUUCGUUAUUUUCUUUGGCGUGUAAAUCCACCAAAAGGAGGUUGUAGUUGGGCGCUGUGGCCCGAAUUUUAUUAACUAACGACACCAUGUCGGAGGAUCAAGUCAAAUCUCCGAUCGACGGUAUUCUUCCGUUUUUACAAAGCAUUGAAUGGCGGGAUCCAUGGCUUGCAUUAUUGUUAACUUUCCAUGUUGCUGUCACAAUGACCGCAUUAAUGACAAGAAACCAUGCCAAUUUUCAAAUUAUGUUAUUCCUUGCUCUGUUACUUUUGGUAUAUUUCUCUGAAAGCAUCAAUGAAGUUGCUGCAUCUAAUUGGAUGUUGUUCUCAAGGCAGCAAUAUUUUGAUUCCAAUGGGCUCUUUAUAUCUGUAGUGUUUUCUGUGCCUAUCUUGAUGAAUUGCAUGAUUAUGAUUGCAAGCUGGCUUUAUCAAUCUAGUCAAUUAAUGACCAGUUUGAAGAGAGCACAAUUGAGGCAACAAGCAAGGAACCGGGAAAUAGAAGAUGAAUCUGCGAAUGCAAAUGGGUCUGUUGCAAGAGAAAAGCAAGAAUAACAUUCUAGUCCAAUAAUAAUAAUGGAAAACACGAAAUAUAAAAAUGUAAAUUACAUACUAUGAAACAAGCAUUGGCUUGUUUUUACCUCAAAUAGGGUAGUAUAUAACAGCAUUGUAAAAUUUGGCAAAUAUUCAAAAUAGCAUUUUUUUAAAACGUUACUGCCGACAUAAUCAUUACUGUCAUUCAUAUUGAAAUUGACUAGCUCCACUGUCGGUUGAUUGUCUUUCCAAUAUUAUGUCGUGUAUAUAUAAUGAUUAGAACGUGAAUUCAGAAGCCUGCAAAUAAUUUAUUUAUUCAAAAUCAACGAUGUGCUAAAUUGCGGCAUGACACGCAAUUUGAAAAUUACAAGAUAUUAUAUAAUUCUCGAGAGAAUACUGUUAUCUUAUAUUAAGGUACAUUCCAACGGUUCUCUACUUUUAUUUUUAACAUUGAAAUAUUUGUUAUGGAUCAGUGUUCUUAAAACAUUACCGGUGUACUUACUAUUGUAACACAUAUUGCUUAUUACGAAAACUGAUAAAAAAAAAAAUGGCAUAAUUACAUAAUAAUGGCUCUAGAUAUAUAUGUAAGUAUGUAUGUACGUAUGAAUGAGUAUAAUUAUCUCAGAACCGAAAUCUUAAAAGAUGUAACGAAUAUAUUAUAUCUACAGUUAAGAAUUUCUUGUGUUGUACAUUUGUGUAAAUGAACAAUUUCUUGCCGUUGCAAUAUUUAACGCGUGAUUAAAUUUAAGUAAUAAAAUAUUUCUUCUUAA